UAUGAGGCGGUGCAUUUUUUUUACUUUUCAAUCUGUUAACAGCUUAUUUGAUUUACCUUUGAGCACAUUGUUCCCCCAUCACGAUAAAUUCAGUCUAUAGUUUUAUGUUUAUGUACAAGUUUUCCACCUGGGUGGUUUGUUAAAAUGAUAAGCAUCCCAUAUUUCCAACAACUCUUUCAGUGAUUUUGUUACAAAUUAAUAGUUACGUGUACGGUGAGUCCUUGGACUAAUCUCGUGAAAAAAUCACGAGUCACAGUCUAGAACCAGCAGUGAACCAAUGAAUCCCAGUUAAAAAAAGGAGUCUGAAAUUGAAACUGCUCGGGCCUUUAUGUAACCAGAUAGUUAAUCUGAAGACAGACUCCAAAACUUUGUAUUACAGUGUACUGAAAUUAGUCCAUUUAUUUUAAAGCACAGCAAAGGCUAAAAGAAAUAUGCAUCGUUAAAUAACAGCCAUAAUAACUGCCACAGAAAUUAAGCAAACGGGAUAAUUCUAGUAAUACACAUGUUCAGAUCGAUCGAUCGAUCGAUCGAUCUUUGUGUCCUACAUGAUGCAUACUAUGAAUUAUUUUGUACCUUUGGGGAUUUUUAUGGGUCAGGGACGCAGGACGCAGAGGUUACAAAAUCACUGCUCUUUUUUCAUUGCUGUCACAGGAAACUCAGUGAAAAGCAGGAGAAAUUGCAGGCUAACAACCUUGAAUUAAAUGGCAGUAAUGCCAGGUUAAAAUCACAGGUGAGUAGUUAUUCAGGUUAUUUCUUUGCCUAGUCCCGCUCUGGCGGCGGGGCGGGAAAAGGAAGGAGAGCUUGCGACUACGUCUCUGGAAUUUGAAUAUCUGCAUCGAAAAAGUCAAGGCGAGGUGCUGAUUGCCGGAGAUGACAUUAGUAAUGACGUCAUUAUCCUUGGCUCGUGUUUUUCAAUGUUUGUUUACAUUCGCGCUUGUUUCCGCUUCACUCUGAUUGGCGGAAAUCUGACAGCUCAGUCGACGGGGAGCCACAGGAGAAUCAUAGGCGGAAUUCAAAUUCCAGAGAUGUAGUUGCAAGCUCUCCUUCCUUUUCCCGCCCCAUCGCUAGAACGCCCCGGAGAGCUUGCUCGCGGGCUAGUUACCCUUCACCUCUAUGUUCAAAUCAACUCUUGCCCUAAAUAACUUACCGUUUUACUCAAGCUGAUCCAGUGCCUUGUCGUUGUGUUGUUUUAGCUUGAGUUUGCUGAAGAGCGAUAUGAGAUGCUCAAGUCAAAUGCAGAGGCAUUCAAAAAGGAGGCUUCCGCUGCUUCUGAGAAGUCAAGGAGCUUACAAGUGGCAUACAGCAAGACACAAGCUACUCUUGACUCCACUUCUCAGGUGACUAUUACAAAAGAAUUUCCUUCUUGAGUAUCUCGUGUUAUUUUUUGCUCAGUUUAAACAUUGACAUGAAUAUUAUAGAUUCACAUAUCCACUGCAUCGUGGAAACCUAUCUGAUCGACCUCUCAAGCAGAUCGCUAAUUUUUUCCUCCUUAACAGUGUUGUUUAUAAAGAAGAAUAAAGAAGUAAACUUUUUUGCUCGAAAUAUCAAUACAAUGCAAAUAAACUGCCUGUAAUUAUUACGCUUUACUGGUACAUAUUACAGCAUUCAUGAUGAUUCUAUUUUGCUCUAAAAUCUGUGGAACGAACAGAAAAGUGAAGUAAACGCGAUAUGCGAGUCCGUUUUGUUUUGUCCUGGAGGCCGGACAACUCAUGGUUUGCAGCUCUCAUAUUGUGCUGCUAUUUUUGCCUUGUUGUACAGUUUCUGGAGCAAAAGGGAGAACUGCUCCCGGUCUACCUUAUUCUUCAAAGACAAAAGUAAGUUUUCUUACGGGCUACCAAGCACUGCUGGAGUACAGCUCUGCUCAUACUCCAUAAAAUGUGUGUUGACAUCAUAAAAAAAAAACUUAUUUGUUUCUGUUUUUAGGAGUUGACCAGUAUCAAGGAAAAGUGCAACAAGAUGGAGGUCAGUCAGGUUUUUUUUGAUACCUAAAGAUUUCUCUGUCAUAAAUUUUGUUUGCAAUGUCCAAAAAUGAAAAUGAAAAUGAAAAUCGCUAAAUUGAAUACAACAUUUCCAGUUCUGUGGCCGCUGUAAGUGGGUGGCCAUAAUUUGUGAAAAAAGGUAUUUUUCUUCUCAAAUAUUAUAGUGUAUUGUUUUCCUCUGCUUUUUUUUAUUAUCUGUAUUAACUACUGCAGGCUUAGUAUUUAAAAACCCAGGUUUUAUUCUAGGAAUUGGCCACUGAGGACCCCAUGGGGUCCACUUCUGAAAUUGUGGAGGGCUCAUUUUCCAGAAAGAGGGCUCACAGUGCUUGAACAUUCUUCUACCCUCUUCUUUACCCCACCAUACUCAUAAAAAUAACAUUUAAUCCAGUGAAAUGCAUGCAAAAUGGAAAAAUAGCAUCUGGGAUCAAUUAAGGUUUCUGGAAAACUACCCACCUACCCCUCCCCUAGCCCAACAUUUUGCCCUAAGUGAGAAGUAAGUGUUAAUGUUGACUUAGAGGAGGGGUAGGUGGUGAUCCAGCAACAGUACACUGAAGUACACUGCCGGAACAUAUCAACCAGUGUAACUAACAUGAAACCCUUAUAAAAUGUUUUUACUUACUUUCUUCUCAAAUUUCAGGUUAUCUGUGAAAAUUUGAAAGCCGAGAAAGCACUGAUGAAGGAAUCAGAGGUUCGCUUGAUGCAGGAAAACAAAAGCUUGCUGGAACAUCAGAAAUCACAGAAUGCUUUAGUUACAAAUCUACAGACCUUACAGGUUAGCUAUAACUGUACUGAUAACAAGGGAUUUAAUCAACCACCAUUCUUUCAAACUUUAUCGUAUUUAUUUUGCCAGGCUCAAUUUGUCAAAUCUAGGCGAAUUUUUCUCGAGUUGAUUUUUUAAGGAUUGUAUUCAAGUUCAAGAACAAAAAGUAAAAAGUCACUGUUGUGAGUUUGCGUUCUCCAUAAAACGAAGCAUUAGGACGCUUCACGUGGGCGUCGUGUAUUGGACGUCAAAGGAAUGUACCAAAACGUUUUUCUCCUAAAACCAAUUGUUUUUGACGUACUCGUUGCCAUACGAACCAAACUUAGUGAGUUAAGUUCAUGAAAAUUUCGACAUCUGGCUCAGUAAGUUCGUCUGAAUGAGUUCGGAUCGUCCAACACUCGUCUGCUUCAGACGGAUAGAACGUCUGAAGAUCUCAGGCGGGUCAAACGUCCAUCUUCACAUGCGACUAUCGAACUAAAUUAAUGAAUUAAAAAUUUCUAUGAUAAUGUAUAUUUAGCCUUGUUCAGGAGAAAAUUUGUCUCUGAUCUGAUUCAGUUGAUUGGUUCCAUGACUCCUAAGUUCGACGUCUAACCCAAGGGACGAUCUUAAUUUAGGUCGACCCUAACUGGAGCUUGGUUCGUCUCGUGAAAUGUUCGACGUUUGGCCUAGGCCUAAGCUUCCUUUAGUGACUCAAUAUAUUGUUCUUUUCUUGAUCCAACUACUGUGUUCGAAAUGAUCAGUUCAAUAUUCAAUUCAAUGCUUCAACACUUUGCAGAAUAAUCUCGAGAGAUCGGAGUUUGAAGCUCGAACAAGACUUGGCGCUCAAGUAGAGACUUUGCAGCGUGAAGUGAAUCUACUGAAGAAGAAGCUAGAAUCUGAAGAGAAGUAUCAUAAGAGUGUUAUCAAUACCUGGGAGGUAGGUGAAGAAUUAGCAAUUAUUGAAUAAGUCUGAGUGGGGUGUGAAGAAUUAUGCAGACCGAGGAGGGUGUUACAUAUUUUUUUUGUCACACGAGACCGGGAUAGAGAACUCUAUAUACUCUAUAACAAGGAUUUAGACUGUCACUAUAGGUCCAACGAGAUCUGGCCUUUGAACAAUCUUCAUACGCAGGGAUCAGAACUUUCUUCCUUUGCAAUAUACAGCUACAGUAGCGACUUAAUAAAACAUAUUUAUCUUCUCGGCUACAGAACCGUCUUCAAGAACUGCAAACACAGCUGAAUGCUGAAAUGAACACCCAUCAACAGGCGAGGGAACAGCUGUUAACAUCAACCAGGGAUAUUGAUUCUGUGCAGCUCAGAGUAAGUUGUUAUUAACACCUUAUGGAUCUCUCUUGGCAUUUUCUAGACUCUUUCUAUAAAAUUGAGUUGACCCGAAAAUUAAUGUUAAAGCUCUGCAGUAGUUGUCAACUUUUGAACCUGAAAAGAGAACAUUGAAAACUCAUGCUUGACCACAGAGACCACAAAACUGAAUUUUUAUUAGACUUUGUUUUCCUCGGUCAUGGUUACCUUAACGUGUUACCUUAAUCCUGUCUAUACAUCACUAAGUUAUCCAAGAUAAACUUUCCAUUGAUUUGUCAGUUAAGUUAAUUUGUGUUUUUGUCUCGCUGUUCCAGUGUACGCAAGCUGAAGCUCAGCUUCAGGCCAGUGAAAAACGAUUAGCGGAAAUUUUAGAGAAAGAAGCUGGCAACCUUCAAGAAGGUAGUUCUUUUGUUCACUGUUAUUCUUUCCUUCAAUGCAACUCAGUUUCCAAUACAUACGUUUUAGGUGUCGCAACCUAGGGGAAAACUCUAAUGCUGUUGAGCAUCUAAGGUUUUUCAUACCUAUUCUAACCUGUUGUUCUGGUAUCGGUUCGAAAAAAGGCAUCAGCUGUGAUCUUUCCUUAGCUUGAAUACGAAGAUUUCCUUCCCAUUCGGGUCUUAACACACGGAGCCACCAACUUGACUCGGCAUGCGUUGAGCUUAUAACCAAGAUCUGCUGAACCUCGUGCGGUGACGUUCACAUCUUAACAAUGGGUACGCACUUUGCCCUGUUUGGUGUAGUCACCAAAGAGCUGUUGCAAUGACUGAGCACUUCAACAAUUAACGUUUUUUUAACUUAAAGAUGUGCUGACCUCCUCUUGUAAUUUAGCAUUCUACUACAAAAGCGUUUAAAAAUCAAAUCGCCUGCCAUUCAGACUAUUAAUCAAAUGAAAGUUGUUAUAUUGUUUGUUUGUUUUUUACUCAAACCCAGCUGACAAAGAAAGAAUUAGAAAAGAGGUGUCUGAAAAGUACACUGUCAAGGUUCAAGAAUGCGAAUUGAAACUAAACAACGCAGAGGCAAAAAUUAAAGGUUAGUAAGUUUGUUCAUAGUGUAUUCACUUUUAAACUGCUAGUUCUUUUAAACUACUAGUUCUCUUUUCUGAACCACAGGCAUUAAAAAACUAAUGAGUUUUAAAAGCGACACACCUUGUUUGCCUGUUCACAAACUAAAGUUAUUUUUUGCCUUCCAAAUGGGUUCGCAAUCUAUUAGUAGUUGCUUCCUCUACUUGUAUUUCUCAUAAGUAACAAAAGUGGGAUCUAUGCCUCUGUUAGACUCUGUUAGACAAAAGUAUUGUUUUCAAGUUCUCUUGCUAGGAUUCUAAAUCCUAAGAGAAAUUGGAAGCAAUGCUUAUGCAAAACUUUUGGGGAUAAACAAGGUGUACUAUGGGAAUUUGAAAGUAGCGAAUUGGCAAUGACAUCCCUCACUGUGCAAUGCGCCUUGUUUCUUGUUUUCGUUUGUUUGUUUUUUAUUUCAUUUUAUUUUUUUUUUUUUUCAUAUUUUAGCUCUUGAGGACCAGUUACAACAGGCUAAACAGCAUGCAGAGCAGUAUAAGUCCAUGUCAGAAGCUAAUGAAUCAGCAUUGAGUGAUUUAAAUAAGGUAGGUAACAAACGUAAAGUUUUUUCGCGCAUUCUCGAAAAAUAUUCAAGCCUACUUAGUACUGAGAAAAUCUUGUACUCGUAGUCGUCCUCGUCUCUAUUAACCAGCGAAAAAUACACUAUGCCAAUUUUCGAUCCCUCAAUUUCAUAAAGAAUUCUGAUUAUUUUAACUGUGAUUUAUUGGUUCGACCCCUCCCCCUCUGCUGCUCUUGCUUUAUGCGUUUAAACGUAUUUUCAACUGCAGCCUAAAUCUGUUUUUUCCUUUGUCUUGCAAGUAUGCGAAGUUAACCGAAAUUUUGAAUAGGAACUGCCUUUUUUACUUUUCCCAGACAAGUGAAGAGUUCAAGCAAACAACUGAAAGUAAACUCAGCACAGCCGAGCGAGAGGUUGCGCAGUACAAAUCACAAGUUUCCUCCCUUCAGUCUCUCAACCAAGAUCUCAAUGCAGUAAAAGCCAGAAUAACCAGGGAAGCCGAAUCACAGACAAGAAGUUUGCGAGAAAUGUUGAGCAAGGUCAGAGCAGAGUUGGACGAGGCUUUAAAGAAAGCUCAAACGUCUGCUUCAGCUGAAAUGACUGCUAAAGAGGAACUGAAGGAACAAGCCAUCUUGGCCGCAGAGGUAGGUCUGACUAUGAGAUCGAGGUCAAAUAUUAUUACGACGGAGUUUUCGAGCCAUCCGUCUUUCCAGAACUCCGACUAAUUGCUGUUGUUGACUUGGAGACUCCGCUGCAGUUCAAUUCCUCAAAGACUUUUUGACUUAUUGUCCAAUCAAACGGUUCUUGUUGAAUUUUCUGCAACAGAUUUUACACCACAUGUUCUUUUAAAUCUUGAGUAGUUCUAGCUGCGUUUUGCUGUUCCUACACAAGGUUGUCACGUCCCGUGCCUCUCAGUGUAUUUUAGCUUUCUCCUGUCUUUUGAGUGUGUGGAUGAAUCUUGUAGCGCUCCUACUCAAUUGAAACAUCUUUGGGAGUCCUUUCACCGGGUACUACUUUCUUUUAUCUAAUUUAUAAGCACUUCACACAAAACUAAUUGUGUUUUAAGCUUUUGGAGUAAUAUUUAUUAACUUGGCACAGUGUAUUGUGAUGAAAGGUCCACUCAUUGACUUCUCUUCCUCCUUAGGCUCAAGAGAAAUAUGAAAGAGAACUAGUGCUUCAUGCUAACGAUGUACAGGCAUUAACCACCAUCAAGGAAGAGGUGAAUAAGCGUUUUUGCCAGAAUUCAUUCACAUAAAGUAAUCAUAUCAGAUUUUUAAGAGCAUGGUUUUUGUCCCAUCUUCAUCUGUCAUCAGGAAAGUGACAUCAUGUCUUGCACAAGGCGAGUCCUUCUCUAGAGUUUUUGUUAUGACCGUGCCUCAUACUUUUCAUGUUGGACAAUUGCAUGGCUAAAAGGAAGAUGGGUGUAUUAGAUAUCCAGGAUCGUCGUCCACUAUAGGCGACCAGCUCCUAGAAGGAGACUGCUCCCGUAACUUAGAAUCCUUGUGAUCCAUCCAUGAACAGGCACUCGUGAGAGGGAAACCGAAAGAGAACUGAGAAACAGGCUCCUUUUACCAUGGGCUAGCGCGCUCCGAAACGCUCACAACAUGCCGCCAUUUCUGAGUUGCCUCAAGCCUCUAUUUCAAAGUGAGGUUAAGUGAGAAGCCAUUGACAUGAAAAUGAUAUUUACUCUCAAGCAGAUAUCACUCAUUUUCACUAGAAAGGUUUUGCUCUGAGCUUCGUUUUGAAAGUGAGAGUUUGUGAAACUCGGAAAUAGCCUAUGCCCUGUGGGCUUUCUCAAGGCUGCGCGGUGAAGAACGGGCUUAAAAACUACUGUAGUAAGAAGCGCCGCUGGGGGUUGACAGCAACUGGCGGAGAGCGUACGUGAGUGGGGAGUGAGCGAUGCCCCCUCUCAAUCUCUCCCUUUACUCCCGCUUUCCCUAAUUAGUAACAACUUAUUCUUUGAAUAAGCGAUCGCCAGCCACUGGGGAUAAAGCAGCGCAAUUCCCAUUGUGUUUCAGUCGAAGAGCCCGUGGAAUCGUGGCGCCUGAAUUUGUGUUAACACAGCUGGAAACGAUUGAGUUGAAUGCGGGCGGUCCUUGUCAAAUAACAUUUUGCUGAUUUUCUUUUUAAGUUUCAAGAGCAGAGCAGCAAAUUUAAGGAGAUAGAAGACCGUGCUGUAGCGGCUGAACAAAAGCUACAACAACGCAUGAGCUCAUGGGAAGAACAAAAGAAGGCCAAGGCUUCAGAGACAAAGAAACUAGAGGCUCGGUGUGCUGAUCUUGUUAAUCAGAAUUCCACACUACAUAGCCAGUUAGAAAAGGUUUGCUCCCUUAUCCAUUUUUCCUCUCACACUUUGCUUUUAUUUUAUUUUCGCGCGUAAAAUUUACGUGCGUACGCACGUAAAAAUUACGCGCCAGUGGAAAUCCACCGGUACACAGUCUCUAUUGGCAUUACGCAUGGUUGAGACACUUUGCAGUGGCUGUUUGAAGUGUCUUCUGUAUUGAUCGGUCACAUUUGUAGAGAGUGUGUUUUUGUUUAUUUUCCAGUUAAGUGCUCAACUUGCGGUCAGUAAAGAGUCAUCGCUUAACAUUUCCUUGCCCCCUAAAGAAGGCGUUUCUGCAGAAGGGGGUUCAGAAGAUAACAAGACAGUAGAGGAGCUGUGGGAGAUCAUUAGGUAAUUCACGUUCAUAGUAACGGUUUUUGGAUGGUUCAUUUUAAUUGACCUUCCCAACAUGCGAAGACACUAAAGCAGAUGAUUAGAGUUUAGACACAAUUAGAUUUCGGUUGUAACAGAAUUUCGUUUAAAUAUCCAGUUUCCUCAGAGUUAAUUUAUUUCGUCUGUAACUUGAAAUUGAAACACACAUAGAAAUAUUUGUUUGACAUGAAGGUACGAUCAUAGUUUCUUUAUUUUUUCUUUAACGUUGAACUUUGUAGACAGGAACUUGCAAAGCUAAGCGAAAUGGACUAAACUGCCCCCCUUGAAAGUUCUUUUUUUUCAUAACAGGUUUGUUCGCCGUGAAAAGGAGAUUUCUGAGACAAAAUGUGAACUGUCUCAGUCGGAAAGCAUCCGCUUUCAGCAACGAUGUGAAUACCUGGAAGGUCAGAUAGAAGAGCUACAGAAGAACAUAACAGAGCAACGAACACAGUCUGAAGUGGACACACAAACUGCAGCUCAGCAUGCAGAGAUUAUGGAGAAAGUAGAAAAGCUUAAUGAACUGACUGAAGCCAAUAAAGUACUGGCGAAUGAGAAGGCUAGUGCAGAGGAGACAGUCCGGGAACUGGUGACAAAGGUACAGUCAAACUCCUGUUUUACAAUAACCAAUAAAUCAUCCACAAACUCAAAAGUUAGAACUACAUACUAAAUAAUAGUACCAUGUGAAAGUACUGCUGAAGAGGUUUCAUUUGAAUGGUAACACCAUAGGAUUUCGUCUACAGAUGCCAAAGUGAGAAUGAUAGAUGAUCUCACUAUCUUAAACUCAGUCAGGAGCAAAAGGGUCUAUUAUGAGACAAUGUCCCUCCAUAUGACAUGGUAUCAGUGCCGAUUUUUCACUGUGGAUAGGUGCCCGCAUUAUACAGUGUGGUGUAUGUACUCUGUCAUUGAUGUUGGAAAGCAAACUAGAUUGCUUCCUUUUUAGGAGAGUCUGGUUCGGUUUGUUACAUACUAGUGAGGUCAUUACGGGGAAAUCUCAGACCGAGGCCUAUCAGCGAAGUCAAUACAUCAAGGCCGUGGUCUGAGAUUUCCCUGUAAAUGACCGAACAGACGAGGUUAAUUAGUUAUUUAUUAUAAUAAUAUGGCCUUUUCACUAUAGACCUGAGCCUGCGAUCAAUUAAAACCGACAACUGAUCAGCGGAUGACUCAAAAAAACACGUUACCUCAAUGGGUUGUACACUUGAGCCGUAACCUGAGAUCAUGUCCAAUUUGAGCGGUUCUCAUACAUUCUCUCUUGCCCGCCGGAAUGUAAUUUUCAAAGCGAAACGAAAAUAGAGCCUGAUCUCAGGUUACUUGAGCCGGUGAUACAGUCAGGUGACAGUGUUCAGCGGAUACCCUUUUUGACACCUGUCAACUGAGUUGAAUUUGAUCAAACGUGAAAGACAGUUUCAUUCUCUACUGCAAAAGCAAAUUUUAUUUUAGUUAAUAAUUAUUUAAACAUGUCAACAUUGUUGUCUCUCAGAUCCAACAGUUGGAGGGAGAGAUGCGACCACUUAAAGUUGAUAUACAGUCAUUGACAACUCAGAAAGAUGCAAUGCUAGCCGAGAAGACUGCUCUGAAAAAUGAGGUACUGUAUAAUAGUUUUACCGUUUGCUCUGGGGCAUAGAGACUGGAGGAACUUUGAGUCGUUGUACUGGCGAAUGUCACCUUCCAGUUGUCAUGGAAGCACCGGCUUCUAUCCGAACAUAAAUGCUUUUAUUAUAUUUGUUUCUCAACACUUCGUUGUGAUGAAAAAAUAAAUGGUACAUGAAAUAAAGCAAUAUGGGCAAAUAAAGGUGCAAUCCUGAUGACUAAAAUUCUUUCCCCGGUGGCUCAAAAAAUGGCCUAAAAUGCAUUUCAGGGCCCCCAAAAUUAUGCAACUAGAGACAGAUGUAUAGCUUUGCAAGAAUGAAGUAAACGUAUUAUUAAAGGAACUUCGUCGCGCUGUUUGUUUUAUCCUUUUAAAAGGCUGAAACAUUUCUCGCAUCAAUUUAAUUUUAAGAAUAAUGGACCAGUUUUGUUAUUUAAGACUAUUUUUGACUAUUUUUUCAUUGAAACUGUUUCCUGUCGUCUGUUGUAACGGAUGGAAAUGGAUCGAAACUUGAAAAAGUUGGGCCAGCCUUUUCAAGUUUUAGAAAACUCACCUAAAGAGUUAUUUUGUUUGGUGCUCCCUUGUGAAAUUUGUUUGAUAUCUUCUUCAUAACUCUGCAGUAGCAUUUGGUGUAUGGGUGGAGUCACAUUAUACGUUUCUAGGAAACUGCCCACCUACCCCUCCCUUAAGCCAACAUUUUACCCUAAGUGAGAAGAAAGGGUUAAUGUUGGCUUAGGGGAGGGGUAGGUGGGCAGUUUCCCAGAAACUUACAAUGAUCCCAAAUGACUUGAGUACGGAAUUGAUCUAAAACAGCAGUAUCCUCGUGACGUCAUGUCCCCUUUAAACCACAUUUUGCUUUGAUUUUUCUCAUUUUAGAUUGUUCGAUGGCAAGCAAAAACCAACCAGUUAUCAGAACAGUAUAAGAAUGUUGAUGCUGACGAGUACAAGAGAAUGAAGGAGGAGAAGAAGCAAUUUCAGCAACAGAUUUCCAGCUUAAAGAGCGACAACCAAAGGAUAAGAACCCAAGGGGAAUCACUCAAGUCUGAGUUGUCCAAAACACAAGGAGAGCUUGCCGGACUAAAGGUAGGGUUUACCUAGGUGGAUUAUUUCAGCAUUAUUCAGACAGUUAUACAACUACAUGAGAAAUUACUGCAAUUUGAUUGGCUUAGAGCUUGAUUGGCUUAGAAAAUUACAAACCUUUUGCGGGUAGUCGUAUAAACAAAUAAUAGGGAACUUAAGAACCACGACGAAGUUCACGACGACGACGUUUGUUGACUGGGAAAAGACUGGAACGAGAACGUCAGUUUCGGCGGGAAAAAGGAAAGUUAAGAUGCAGUCGGUCGGUAGGUCGACGACGACGACACUGAAUGUAAACACAGAUGUAAAACUGUGAUGUUCGUUCGCAACAAAGUUUUUCGCAAUGGCGUCUUUCAAAACAAUGCAAGAUCUUAUUUGUUCAAGCCGUACGUCUAAUUUCAUUCACGAUAAAAAAAUUUUUUGUGUUGUCUGACCUUUUCGAGUGGAAAUACACCUACUUUCCGUACGAAAUUAUUCAACUUUCAACUUGAAUGAGAUGACCGAGUCCGAGUGUCUGUCAGAGUUUAGAUUUCGAAAAAGAGACAUUCUGAUGUGAUAGCUGUUUUCCAUAUAAAGUUUAUUUCCUCUAUAUUAAAGAUAUAUGAUUUGCCUUACCUAAAUACGUACAAAUAAAUUUAUCACAAUUCACUUAAAAGUUCGCUCGCUCGGCCUCCUCAGCUGUUGCCAUUCUUCAAAGUAAAAUCAAUUCAUUGGUCGAAUUUUCAAUCAACAUCGCUUGUUAGGAGAAAAAAGGAACGAUGCCUGGAUUUAGGAAGACAAGAAAAUGCAAAGGCCUUCAAAAAUCGCUUAAAACAGUGGAUUUAUACCUGCCGAAGCUUGUGGGUUGCAGGACGACGUGAUUCUACUUUGUUUGGCGUCGUCGACGACACCACGACGACAAAAUUUACUGGACGCGCUUGCGCAGCACAGUGUAACUCACUUCCGGUCGCCGUCGACCAAGCUGUCGUCGUGGUUCUUAAAUUCCCUAAUAGCAUGAUUUGUACGUGAUAUUUGGCAUAAAUAUCACUCGCGAUAUUUCAAAAUUGUCUCAAAUUUUAUUCGCCUAACGGCUCGUGAAAUUACGUAUAACAAUUUCGAAAUAUCACUCCUGGUAUUUAUGCCAAAUAUCACUACAAAUCAUGCUAUUACCUAUACUAAUUCAAAUUGGAUAUAGAAUUUGUCACCAAAAGGUGCGCUUGGGAACUGGUGUCUCAUUUUAAAUAGUGAGUUUACGCAACAGGACGGCAGAAAGAAGAGGACGGCAAAACGCUCGUGUGUGGCAAACGUGACAAGGCUAUUACUUGCGUGUUAUGUCGUGAUCUUCACUUACAUUAAUGUUUUCUGGUAUUUUACAAAAAGAUCUGUUUAAAGGAGGAUGAACUGCGGCGAAACGUUUUUUCAAAAAAAAUAUUGUCGCGCUUGUCACACAGGGUUUACCGUCGUCUUUCCUCUCCCGUUCUGUUGCGUAAGCUCACUAACGUCAGAGGGGGGCCUGAUGUAAUGCAAACCAAUGUGGUAUCUAUUGCAACCCUGGACGCGGGAACCACGCCUGCAGCGGCGCCAUGAAGUGAAAUCAUGCAAUAUGUGUAUUCUAUAAGGCAUGUAUUUCUUUUUACAGUGUGUAUAUGUUCUACUUACUUACCUGCCUAAGACAGAAACUCUUUACGAUCCUCAUCUUGCAAAUCCUUAUAGGUCGUUCUGAGUAGCAUCAGUGAAGCUUGUAGAUUGUUGAUCACAUUACAGAACUGUAUAUGAAACAUUACUUUUUGUGCUCUUGGUGAUCCUUUUUCAGGCCAUGUCACAGAAGACAAAUGAUCAAAUAUCAAGUCUGAAGGAGGAACAUGAAAAAGCAGUAGCUAAACUUCAGGAGGAGGUUACAACAUUAAAGAGCACGGUGGAUGCCAAGACUGAAGAAGUCAAUGAGAAAAACAAAACUCUGAAUCAGGUUUGUUCACUUCCUUAAUAACCCUAGCCUUUAAUACUCCUUUGUUGUGGAGACCAAGAAUCAUUAUCAAGACAAAAGGCAAACGUCGGUUUGUACCACGUUACCAAGGUUUCUCUUACGUGACGUUUACUGUUAAUAACAUUCCCCCAAAAAUGAGCAGUUCCGUGCCAGUUCCAAAUUUAAUAACUUCAGUGUCAGCGUGUUCAGAAGCGGGGGAGGGGGGAGCACUUGCUAGGUAAAUAGAUACAGAUACCAUUUUAUUUUUCUGAGAAAUCUUUACAAAUAAUACAAAUUCUGUAGAAAAACAACUGGGGGUAGGGUGGUUGGCGGUCCCCUCUGACCACCCCUAAAUCCUCCCAUGAUUACAGUAAGGCCGUGUUCGAUUAACCAUAUUCCGGAAUCAGAAUAAAUGGAAAAAACUCUAGAAAUCACUUGCUUUGGCAUUCACUGCUUUUCAAUAUCGAAAAAUCUGCUGGAAAGAACAUUCCGAUGUAUGUAACGUUUAAGUGGUCCAAAAAUUACGGUACAAGAGUUUUGUAACAAAACGUUUGGGUAUUCUUGUUCCCGAAUACGAUCAAUCGAACGCACCCCAAAUCUCUCUAUUAGAGACCUUGAGAUCGAGGUUUUUCGGCAUUUCUCGCGAACCGGGAACGUCAAGAAGUCACGUGACCGGGGCCCUGCCGUUAGGAUCACGUUUGUACGGCUAGACCACGCUUCAGAGGAAAGUGAUUUACCUCAAGGUUUUUUUGCUCCCUAAAACAUCACAAUCCCACGUUUGAGAAGAAAUACUACCUUUUAGAACUCUUUGGCUCCGUUAACCGCAAACCGCAGUUUGUCGUUUGCAGUAAAAUGAACAAUACCUUGAUCUCAAGGUCUCUAUUGUCCUGUGGAUUAUCUGUUAUCUGUUCUUGUUUUUAGGUAAUAAUGUUGUUAAUAAUGUUAACGGGUUAUGCAUUGUGCUUGUUUUCAGGUCAAGAGAAUAGCUCGUCGUUACAAGACCCAAGUAGAUGAGCAGACAAAGGAGAUGGAAGAGCUCAAGAAGAAAGCUGAGGAGUCUGGGCAGCAGUCUGCGGCAGAAGGAACUGCUGCUUCAGGAGCAGCUGUUGCACCUGCAGAGAAUGUCGAUGUUACUUCUUACGAGAACAAGAUUAAAGAGCUAACAGAGCAGGUUAAAAACACUGAAGAAGAGGUGAAGAAACUCAAAGAGUUAGAUGAACAGAACAAGGUGGGUGGUCUAGUCCUUGAAGAUACCUACUCUUUUGUGUGCGUAGUCGGUAAGAUGUCAAGAUGUUAGAUUUGCGUUCCGAAAGUCUGUGUAGAGACAUCUGUUCUCUUCCGCCCUACUUUAUUUAAUUUGGAAUAAUCAUUUGGUGUAAUAUAUUCAACCCGACUUGAUUUAAUUUGGAAUCAUCAUUUGAUGCAUAAUAUUCAACACAAGAAAGAGUUGUUCAUCAAGUUGGGAGAGAAAUUAUGUGACAGUAGUAGGCUUGACUAAAUCACCCAUGCCCCCUCAAAAGUUUUGCUGUCGGCCCUUGAGGAUGACUGUUCGGACCGCGCUAUCUUUGCCUUUGUGGAUUGUUUUAAAGUUUGAGUGUAUCCCGGCGGAUCGUGCUGCGCGUGAGCCUUUUGGCUUGCAGUACUCCCUGCUACAAUUCAGUCCUCCGACUGCAAAAGGGACAAUAAACCAGUGAUUUGAUUUGAUUUGAUUUACUAAGUGGUAGUUAAACUAAAACUGUAGUGUGGAGGGAACACUCGGUUGACUUUAACCAGAUUGUGAAAGUCAAAGUCGUUGCCUAAACCAUUUGAUAUGGGCUCGUCUUUCUAUAUGCAACUGUCAGAGUCAUCGCAUUGUGCCUUAAAUUCGUUUGUCUUUUAGUUAAAUUUUGUUCGUCUGAUUUUUGUAAUUAUAUAUGUUCUUGUAGGCUUCAUUGAAAGAAAAAGAGGAUAAGAACAAGACGGUGUUGAUUCAAGCCCGAUCAAAGCUUCAACAACUUACAGGUAUUUAUUUACAGUCAACAACUGUACCUUGGACUCAGUGGCAAAAAGCAGCUUAAAGGGGCCAUAGCAUGAGGAUAUUGCUGUGCUGAAUUCAUUACUAAGUACCCAUACACAAAAUGCUCCAUCAGAGAUAUGUAGAAGAUAACAAACAAAUUUCAUCAGGGGACAUUAACCUUAAUAAUUUUUUUUGUGUGUAUGGUAGUGAUUAAACAGUAGAAUGAGAGUGUGGCAAUAUCCCACAAAAUGCAGGGAAAGUUCGUGAAUAAAUUCCUCAAAGUAAUGCGUCAUUCUGUGCCUUCGGCGCAACCUCCUGGUGCAAACGUUAGUAACAGUUGAGCCUCAGGUUCUUAGCUGCUUUGUGUUCUCUUUUGUCAGCCACCAAAGAUAGAGUGAAUGCAGAAAAUGAAGAUCUCAAGAAGAAGCAUAAGUCUUUGAGCGAUGAAAAUGAGAAUUUGAGUCAACGAUUGGGUGAACUGGAGAUGAGGUCGACCGUUGUGAAAUCUCAGUACGAGGGAAGGAUAACAAGGUUAGAAAAGGAGUUACAGGAUGCUAAGGAGGGUAAAGAGAAGUUGGAACAGUCUUUUGAUGGUACAAAGAAGCAACUUGAAGACAAUCAGCAGAAACACGAGCAGUAAGUCAAUGACUUUACUUGACGUUUUACUCCAAUAUGUUGACAAAUAAUUCCAUUAACGGAUGGUUGACAGUUACAGAAGUAACCGUGCGAGUGUUAAAGUAAAGGAGGAAUGCACAAGUGACUCUUUUAAGAAAUAUAACACCUUUUUGUAAAGUUUGAGCCCCAGCCAAAGAGAAAUGCAGGUUGAUACAAGGUUUGGAAAUUUUACGUAUAAGGAGAUGAAUAAUUAAUUAUUGAUCGUGGGCUUAAAGAAUUAUUGGCUUAUUACAUGAGCCGGGCGUGCCUGGGGCCCGUUUCUCGAAAGUCCCGGUAACGUUUCGGGCCCGAAAUCAAAUUUUCAAAUCGAAAUAUGAAGAAUAAGAGCGCGGAUUCUGGCUAGCAAACUACUCCAUUUUGUUUCAUUAACUGGUAGUUUUAUCAUGUUAGAUGCAAGACUUUGGAAACCUCUAUCUUGCAUGUAAACAACAACAACUUAAUGAUCGGGACUUUCGAGAAACGAGCCAUUGGUUUGCCAGGCCAGCUCACUCUACACGUCAUUCAAACGUAACAAAAACCACCUUUAUGUCUACAAGACAACCAAACGAGCCUUCCUGGUAUCGUGAUACCUGGAUCCGGCCAAUGCCGGUGGAAGUGUUCAUGUAAUUGCACUCACCGGGCCAGCCUCUCACUCUAAUUUUGGAAAUUUCACGCAGACUUGCAAGUUUGCUUAGUUGGUUGCAUUGCACUUCCGUGCGUAAUCGAAUCAAUUAUGUAUUCACUUAGUUUUGAAAAUAUAUAGUGUUUCACUCACGUGGCCUGCAGCUCUGUAAAUGGAUUGGAACAAAAGAGUGCGUCUACAUAAAAAAACGAGUCCAACUCCCACAGGAUUGUUUCGAGAGACCAACAUGGCCGACGUGACUUCACGUCAAAAGGCUCUAUAAGUUGUUACACAAAUUUUUCUUGCUUGAAAUACAGGGAAACUGCAAAAUUUCAACAGAAGCUUCAACAGUACCAGGCGUUAAUCCAGAAGCAGCAAAUGAGGAUCAAGUCUCUAACAGCAGCUUCUGCAAACUCCAUUUCCAGACCAACCCCAGGGGAGACUGCUGGGGCGGAGGCGUCUGCAACCCAAGGUUUGUUAGAAAUUCAUUAAAUAUCAAAUCCGGCUCCGAUGUCAAAAUAUAUUUGUUCUAUUUAGUUUCUUGGCAUUUCUUAUUUCAAGUAUAUUUUCCUCUGGCUUUUUUUCCCCUUGGUGGUGGUGUUGUUUUUUGGCGCAUUUUUUUGGCUUUGUCUUAGUAAAACUCCUUCCACUCGCACGGAAUAUAUUUAUUUUUAUUAAUUUAUUUCAUUUUUUUAAUUAUCCUCUCCCCCUGUGAGCCUUUUCAGGGAUAAUAAAACAAAUAAUUCAAAUGGAACAUAACAUGGUUAAGGAUCCUAACCGAGGAGGCAAACCAGAAGGCGAUUUUGCGAGCUUGGCCGAGGAUUUGAACUCGGGUCUACCGAGAACAAAUCUAGCAAGUCGGCAGAGCGGGACUUCAACUCGGGGCCUCUAAUUUACAAGUCCAGCGUGCUAACCGAUCGGUCACGCCGCCAUCUUUUUUCGGUAAUGUAUUUUGGGGUAGAAUUAUUUCUACCGGCAUAAUUUGACAAUCGCAAUCGGUAAACCAUAAAGACAAAGAACUGCGUUACCCUCAGAUGGUACAGGUGGUGAAAUUUGACUGCUUGUGUUGUUGCAAUGCAUUCUGUUUCAUUUUAGAUUUUCUGUAAGAGCUAUGCGACCUUAGGUCUGGGCUGUCAGUUAGAUUUUUUAGGUUGCCGGGUGUAUGUAAGUGAACAGCUAAGAAGUUCUUUUGAUUUUAUUUUGCUUUUGUUUUCUAUGAAAGUGGCCCGGGUUAAUGCAUAUAGUAGCUGGGCAAAAAGCCCGGUCCUUGGCCCUUAGUAGGGAGCUUUAGCAUCGACGACGGCGACGGCAGCGAAAACGUCACUUUAAAAUGAAUUUGCGUUUUUUCAAACUUUGUUGCGUUUAUUCCAAUUCACUGAAAAUGUGAAAUGUAGGCGGAUUUCUCUGGAGUUGAUUUUUUGGGGACCCGAUUCAAGUUUAGAAAGAGAAAGAAAAAUUCGUCGUCGCUUGUUUGCGUUGUCCAUAAAACCUGAAAUUAGGCACUUUCACGUCGUAGUCGUGCAGUGGCGGCAAAGAAAUCUACAAAAAAGUGUGAUGCACGUGCAAAGUUGUUUUUUUGCUAAUCAAACCUAUAGCUUUUUUGCCGUUCUCGUUGCCGUCGCCGCCGUCGUUGCUAAAGUUCCCUAGUGACAGCCCUGCGAGUUCAGGACUAUGAUUUAGAACUAUUUUUGGAAAUCGUUUAUUGCAGAAGCCCCGAGCACUGCUCCGAGUGCACCACCAGUGUCACUGGUACCUCCAACAGCAACAAUCAAACCCACCACCACCCCCUCAGCCAUUAAACGGGCAGGCCCUAAGGCGAGCAUCAGACCCAUAGCAGUGGCACCAACACAGAGCACCCCAACCCCCACAGCAACUGUUUUACCCACUGUCACCUCCACCCCGUCAGAAGCCGCCAGUGUAAGCGGAGUCAUGAGGGCAACUGGGACAGUUAUUUCUACAGCCAGCAGUGUUUCUACCUCUGUUCCAACAACAGUGUCUGUGCGUCCUAUUACAAGCACUGAAGAAGACCAGCAACAACCGCCAGAGUGAGUAAAUUGGGUCUUUGGGCAAUAGGCCUUUUGCAGUAGUUGGUCAUGUGAUCAACUUUCUGUAAACACGAAAAUGGUUCGCUUUUAGAAAAUGUUGUCAGCAGAAACUGUAAGAGAGUAUUUAAAUUAAGUAACCUGUAGCUGUUCAGCCGUACAUCUCAAAAGUAGCGGUUGCAACGGCCGCGAAAAUUAGAAGGAUUUGUAUGAAAAAAAACAACUCUUGCCACUCAAUCACGCUUGAGUGGUUUUCCAUCAGCACAAAUCCUUGUAAAUUUAGAAUUUUCAAACUGUCGUUAAAUCUUUCCCUUACGCAUUUAAGGGCUCAAAUUGUCUGUCAUGAAUAAAAAGGAGAUUUGAGCCCUGUAAUGCUAAAAGAAAUAUUUUACGACAGUGGAAAAUUUCGAAAUUUACAACGAUUCGUAUGGAAACCCAUUGUUUUCUACCAUUUUAGGGGAGAAUCAGAAGUGUCAUCUACCGAAGUGACAGCUAGCGAGCAACUGCAGCCUAUGCCGUCAACAGCUGUGGUGUCCGGCAAACGACAGAGAGACGAGCCUCAGGUGACUGACAGGUAUGUUGGGUACAUAGACGUGGGCUUUAAAAGAGCUGACUAACGAUUGACGCCUUGUCCUACUUGACACGUACUAAACUUCAUUUGUAAAGUUUUUGUCAUCCACUGAGUUUUAACUGGUGGGUUGCUUCGCAGUACCUUUAUAAGGUAAAUUGAAAGGCCAAAGAACUUCCUUAGUCAAGCGUCUCCCUCUCGGAAUCCAGAUGAUCUAACGAAUGGAUCUUAUGAUUACCACCUCGAGAAUGGGACGCGCCCUGGGUGAAGUCAAGAGCGGGAAAAUCUGAAAUUAUCUUGAAAUUAAUUUCCUCAAAAGUCGUCGAAUUUCUCCAAAUUAAUGACGUGACAGAUUCAAAGCAAAGUUCGGCAUCAAGUACUUUGAAGGGUGCACGUCACAAGGAGUUCUUCUUGCUUUAAAAUCAUCUUAACUGACAAGGGUAUAUGAUUCAAUAACAGUUUCCUGCAUCAUGAACAAUUAUUGGAUGAGGAUAAGGAUGAUAUGAAGAAUUCUGCAGAUCUUGGAAGGUGUUAUCCACCAAAGUCAAUAACUUGAAAGUCCUUGGAUUUCUCGACAAUUUCCAAAACAGCUGAGCCGCGAACGGAUGUUUUUUUACGUCAAUCGCCCAAUAAUUGUUCUGUUAUUUACUAUUGGCGUCAACUGUAAAAUAAUGACAAAGUUAUCUCCUAUCUUCCAAAUCAGUCGGUUAGUACUUACUUUUUAUGAAGAAUUAGCUGGGAUAAUUAAGCCGAGCAAAACGGAGAAAUAUUUUGAAAGAAUAAUAAUGCUGGUUUAUAUUACGUGGACCUUUUUACAUCGUUUUUGAUCGUUUGUUGUAGAAGUACCACGGAGGUUGCAGAAGGUACCAGCACAGAGGAAGAACCUGUAUCAAAGAAAAUCAGAACUGCUGAGGUUAGUAAGCUUUUGAUACUCUUGUAGUGAAUAACGGUAAACUACAAUCUUGGGCAAAAAGUGUUAAGAAUUUUGCACUUUCUUACUCACGAGAAACCCACCCUACGCAUUUGGCACCAUGGUGACCCUUCCCCCCACCCCUCCCUGGUCAAUAUUGUUUAGUCGGGAGCAAAAAUGUUCCGGCCACACUUCAACAUUGUUUUUUUUGGGGGGGGGGAGGGGGGAGUAUCUCGAGUGAACCGGGCUUUGGAGGGAAGUAUUCUAAAAUUGAUAUACAACAAGAUUGUAGCUCUAGGCUGGUUUAAACGACAGACUCCGUUUGGUUAUUUCUCUAACUAGGAGACAUUAGUAGGCGCUACAUCUUUAGGCACGUAUUUUUCUCUCCAGUUUCCAGUUGUUGAAGUCGACGAGGGCCUCGUUUCUCUUGUUAAGAACCAUUUUCUCUACAUAGUUUGCUUCACAGUACGAGGUCAGCGAAAAAGAUGCAUAUAUGCAGUAAUCCACUUUGCACAACACAAUUUUGCCGGUUAACUUACCAUUUCUUCAAGGAACGUCGUUAGAAAUCUUCUUGGGGAGUGUAAUAAAUAAUAGUAAGAAUUGUAAAUUUACCCUUAAGAAAAAUAUUCAAUAACAUUCGGUUACAUUUAAAGAACAAAUAGACAAUUAACGUGAUUUAACGUUAAAAUGGUACAAUGAUUGAAAUAAAAUGAAAAUGAAAUGAAAUAAAAUUAGUCAUUCUUGAUAUAGCGCUUAAACGUCCUAGUUUAAUAGGUAAAUGAUUCCAGAGGUGUAAUUGUAUGUUGUGUAUGUGUUGAAUAAUGCAGUCCCUCUGUGACACAAAUUUCACAGCUCUGGCUUGCUAGAAUUGUGUGCCAUUUGUAUUUCCAUAGCAGGUUCCGUUUGAAGGAGAAGUAGGAACAUCACAGGAAGCUGUUGUAGAGGAGGCAACCACAGCUGAGGAACCAGACAAUCGACUUGAAGAGGAAGAAGAAGAACUGGAAGAGACGGCUGAUUUCCUUGAGGGUGAUGAGGGCGAAGAUGAAGGUGCAGUGGAAGAAGAAAUGGAAGAAGGAGAUGGAGGAUGAGGAGGAAGAAGAAGAUGAAGAGAUUGGUAAGACUGGGCCGGUGGAGGCUGGGAAACCUGUGGUAGUCGCACCAGAAGUUGUGCUGAUCGAAAGUGAUGAAGAAGAGGAAAAAGAGGAGCAGUAUGAAGAACGUGGAGGUAGGCAAUGUUUGCUCUGUUUACCUUCUUAAUUUGAGGCCCACCUCUCUUACGGCCUCUCUUACGGAAUUGGAUCUUAAGCUGUGUGAAUUUACGCGAACGCUGGGCCCAAAUUUAAAUUUAUUUUGUUUUUCUGUCAAUGGUUGUUGCAAGCAAACCCUUCAGGUAUAGUCUAAUAUUCAGUUCCAAAAAAUUUGCGUUUUCGUUAAGAUUAUGAAGAAAUGGAGGAAGGGGAGGAAGAAGAAGAAGACGAGGAAGAAGAGUAUGUGGAAGGAGAUGGCGAUGAAGGAGAAGAGGAAGACAUUGAGGUAGAAGAGGAAGAGGAGGGCGAGGAAGCGGAGGAGGCAGAAGAGGGAAAGCACGAGGUGGUGGAAGUAAUUGAUGAUGAUGAAGUAGAUGAAGAUGUUGGGGAGGGACAAGCAGUGGACGAUACACCGUUAGAGGAAGAAGCUGGAGAGGACAUCGAGGAAGGU